GAUUGAUUACCACAACCAACAAAACUAAAUAUUCAACAUGAAGUUCCUGAUUGCUUUUGUCGCCAUCGCCUUCUUCGCCUGCGUUAGCGCUGGUGGAUAUGGCAACAUUGGUCUGGGUGGUUAUGGACUGGGUAAUGUUGGCUACCUUCAGAACCAUGGCGGUGGCUAUGGACGCAGACCUAUUCUGAUCUCCAAGUCUUCGAACCCCAGUGCUGCUGCUGCCGCCGCUGCUGCCUCCUCUGGUGUCAAUUCCGGUCUAUACAACCAGCGUGGCGUCAUCGGAUACGAGCUUGAUGGUGGCAUCCUUGGUGGUCACGGUGGUUAUGGCGGAGGUCUGGGCUAUUAAUUCAGCCACCUCCAAUUGAACGAAAUGACAAUUUGUUCAAUGGACCAGCAACAGCUAAUGAAGAAAAAGAAGCUGUUGCCAAAGCUGUGACUAAAUAAAAACCGCUGAAUGCCGCGGAGCAUGUUGAACAAAAAAUUCUA